AUUUGGAUGAUCCCAUAGUGACAGUCCACCAGAGCAUUGGGGAGGCCAAGGAGCAGUUUUACUAUGAGAAAACCGUGUUCCUCAGGUGCGUGGCCAACUCCAACCCGCCGGUGCGGUACAGCUGGCGCCGCGGGCAGGAGGUGCUGCUGCAGGGCUCCGACAAGGGAGUGGAGAUCUACGAGCCCUUCUUUACCCAGGGAGAAACAAAGAUCCUGAAGCUGAAGAACCUUCGCCCUCAGGACUACGCCAACUACAGCUGCAUCGCGUCCGUACGGAAUGUCUGCAGCAUCCCGGACAAGAUGGUCUCCUUCCGCCUCUCCAACAAGACAGCCCCACCUUCCAUCAAGCUCCUGGUGGACGACCCCAUCGUGGUGAACCCGGGCGAGGCCAUCACCCUGGUGUGCGUGACCACGGGGGGGGAGCCGGGGCCCAGCCUCACCUGGGUCAGGAGUUCGGGGGCGCUGCCCGACAAGACGGUGCUCAACGGGGGCACCCUGACCAUCCCCGCCAUCGGCGCCGACGACGCCGGCACCUACAGCUGCAUCGCCAACAACAACGUCGGCAACCCCGCCAAGAAGUCCACCAACAUCAUCGUCAGAGCCUUAAAAAAGGGACGCUUUUGGAUCACCCCCGACCCCUACCACAAGGAUGACAACAUCCAGAUCGGGCGGGAGGUGAAGAUCUCGUGCCAGGUGGAGGCCAUCCCGCCCGAGGAGCUGACCUUCAGCUGGUUCAAGAACGGGCGGCCCCUGCGGAGCUCGGAGAGGAUGGUGAUCACCCAGACCGACCCCGACGUGUCCCCCGGCACCACCAACCUGGACAUCAUCGACCUCAAGUUCACCGACUUUGGGACCUACACGUGCGUGGCCUCGCUCAAGGGAGGGGGAAUCUCCGACAUCAGCAUCGACGUCAACAUCUCCAGCAGCACCGUGCCACCCAACCUGACCGUCCCCCAGGAGAAGUCCCCACUGGUGACACGGGAGGGGGACACCAUCGAGCUGCAGUGCCAGGUGACGGGCAAGCCCAAGCCCAUCAUCCUGUGGUCCCGGGCCGACAAGGAGGUGGCGAUGCCGGACGGGGCGAUGCAGACCGAGAGCUACGACGGGAUCCUGAGGAUCGUCAACGUGUCCCGGGAGAUGACGGGGACGUACCGGUGCCAGACCAGCCAGUACAACGGGUUCAACGUGAAACCCAGAGAGGCUUUGGUGCAGCUCAUUGUACAGUACCCCCCCGCCGUGGAGCCGACGUUCCUGGAGAUCCGGCAGGGCCAGGGCCGGAGCGUCACCAUGAGCUGCCGGGUGCUGAGGGCUUAUCCCACCCGGGUGCUGACCUACGAGUGGCGCCUGGGCACCAAACUGCUGCGCACGGGGCAGUUCGACGUGCAGGACUCCACGGAUUACACCGUGGGCAGCCUGGCCAGGGACACCUACGGCCUCUACAACUGCAACAUCAUCAACGAGGCGGGCGCCGGGCGCUGCAGCUUCCUCGUCACAGGCAAAGCCUACGCCCCCGAGUUCUACUACGACACCUACAACCCCCUGUGGCAGAACAGGCCCCGGGUGUAUUCCUACAGCCUGCAGUGGACACAGAUGAACCCCAGCGCCGUGGAUCGGAUCCUCGCCUACCGCCUGGGCAUCCGCCAGGCUGGCCAGCAGCGUUGGUGGGAGCAGGAAAUCACCGUGAACGGAAACAUCCAGAAGGGAGAACUGAUCACCUACAACCUCACCGAGCUCAUCAAGCCCGAGGCCUACGAAGUCAGACUGACCCCCAUCACCAGAUUUGGGGAGGGGGACUCCACAAUUCGGGUCAUCAAAUACAGUGCUCCAGUGAAUCCUCACCUACGAGAGUUCCACUGUGGCUUCGAGGACGGGAAUAUUUGCCUUUUCACCCAAGACGACACGGAUAACUUUGACUGGACUAAACAAAGCACUGCCACGAGGGACACCAAGUACACCCCAAACACGGGGCCCAACGCUGACAGGACGGGCUCCAAGGAAGGUUUCUACAUGUACAUCGAGACGUCCCGGCCCAGGCUGGAAGGGGAGAAGGCCAGACUGGUCAGUCCUGUGUUCAGCGUCGCUCCCAAAAAUCCCUACGGAGCCACGAACACGGCCUAUUGCUUCAGCUUCUACUAUCACAUGUAUGGACAGCACAUAGGAAGCCUGAAUGUUUACCUGAGGCUGAAAGGUCAGACUGCAAUAGAGAACCCCCUGUGGUCUUCGAGUGGGAAUAAGGGCCAGCACUGGAACCAAGCCCGUGUGAACAUCAACCCCCCCACCUCAUUCCAGCUCAUCUUUGAAGGGAUCCGUGGCCCUGGCAUCGAAGGGGACAUUGCCAUCGAUGACGUGUCCAUUGUGGAAGGGGAGUGCAUGAAGUCAGACCAACCGGCCAACAAUUUACGAUCAGGUGCUGUUGGGACAUUCUCACAUAUACGACUCCUCCCACUUCUCCUCCUCAUGUCUGUCUUAAGUCAUCAGAGGUGACCUUAUCCUGGCAGAGGCUACAAAAGAUUCACCAGGCACUGGCAUGAAGAAGAAAAGAGUCUUUGUAAAACGGACAUUUUAAAAACAAACUACCAAAGAUUCCUCCACUGAACUGACUCGAAAGUUAAAUAAGUACGUAAAUAAAUAAUUAAAAAAUGAACAAAACAAAACAAAAAAAAAGGUAAUCAAGAAAGCACUGGGGACAUAAAAGGCAUCACGAGCCACGUGUGAGGACGGGAUCUGGCCUAAGGAAGGAAGAGACCUUCAGGUGCUUUUGUGGUCAAUGAUGAAUUCAGCAUCAUCUGGUUGAACUCUCGGCGAAGAGCUAUAGAAACCCUUGUCAAAGCACAAAAAGUCAUGGCUGGUUUUGUUUCAAAUGAAUAGUUUGCUUGUUACCAUGGAAACCUAAUGGCCUGCCAAAAAAAAAAACCACACACACACACAAAAAAAAAACAAAAACAAAAAAAGGAGAGAGGAAAUAAAGAACAAAAAAAAAAGAGAGAGAGAGAAACACCUCACUGUAAACAGGGUAUGUGAAGAGCUGGCAUUCAUUUCCCCCUGCAGAAGGUUUUUUAGUGUGGAGUUAAACAAAUGUAGGCCCUUCCUACUUUGGCUGUCGCCUCCCUUAGGGAAUCACCCGGGAUCAGAGCCGGUUUCAGACGUUCCUGUUUUCAUUUCUCAUGGCUCUGCUUGAGAACUGAGUGUGCUGUCUCCUCUUUGCAUGCAUUUCCCAGCCACCAGGACGUGCCACCCUGGGCUUUACACGUUACACGGGAUUUUUCCGGGAUUUUCGGAGUUUGCUUGCGGCCACUUCGCCCCCUCCUCCCCUCUCCCUCCUCCCCUCCUCCCCCGACCCGAGUCAUCCGUUCCGACGAAGGGAAGAAACCAAACCACCGUCUUUUAUAAAUUGCCAUGGAAACCAAGUGCCUUCAAUGAAACAAGCCUGAGUUAAAACAAAAAAAACAAAACAAACAAACAAAAAAAUAAAACAAACAAA